AUGAAGUUCUUCAAGCUCUUCCCACUCGCCAUCCUACCCUUUACGGCAUUCGCAAUCCCAGCCCCAGACGCCGUCUCCAAGCCUGCCUUGGAACUUACCGACUACCAGCUUGCCAGUUCCCUCGUUGCCCGACAGAAUAGUCAGAAUCUGUCAAAUCUCGGAGACCUCCUAGGCGACCUGACCAAGUCGCUCGGGGCCGUGAAGGAUCUCCUAUCCCCCGAAAGCCUGAACAACAUCCAGACUCUCGUCACGGACGCGUCGUACCUGCUUAAGCAGCCGACCGCAAAGCAGACGAAGGAGUUGAUCGGAACUGUUAGCUCUUUGCUGGGCUCCAAAGCUGUGAAAGAUCUGGUCGAUCAACUUCCAGAGCUUUUAAAUGAUGUCGGAGGACUUGUGACCCCUGCGUUGGUGAACAAUGUUACUGAUAUUCUUGGGAAUGCGCACGAGCUCUUGACUGCGGAUUUUGUUGGGAACACCAAAGGCCUUAUCAAUGAUGUUGCUCCGUUGGUGUCUGCGAUCUCUCAGGUCAUUACUGCACUGCUCUCGAGUAUUCUGGGAUAG